AUGAGACUCAUAGUCAGGCCAGACGAUAGCUCUUCUUCUGCCUACGUCGCGGGGUAUAUAUUGGAUCGCAUUCGAACGUUCGAACCUACCCCAGAGAAGCCUUUCGUACUUGGCCUUCCCACGGGAAGCAGCCCGACGGCAGUAUAUGAGAUAUUGGUAUCAGAAUAUAAAGCCGGCCGCAUCUCUUUCGAGAAUGUUAAGACAUUCAACAUGGAUGAGUACAUUGGUAUUCCUGAGGACCAUCCCGAGUCCUAUCAUAGCUAUAUGUUCAAAAACCUCUUCUCCCAUGUGAACAUCAAGCCUGAAAACGUACACAUCCUCAACGGCAAUGCGUCCAAUCUGGAUGAGGAGUGCACUCAAUACGAGGCCAAGAUCAAGGAAGUCGGUGGUAUCGAGCUGUUCUUCGGCGGUGUAGGUCCCGAUGGGCAUAUUGCGUUCAACGAACCUGGAUCCAGUCUGGCCUCUCGCACGAGGGUCAAGACAUUGGCCAUGGAUACCAUCCGCGCUAAUGCACGUUUCUUCGACGGCGAUAUUUCGAAAGUCCCCCAGAUGGCGCUGACUGUAGGCGUCCAGACCAUCAUGGAGGCCAAGGAGGUUGUGAUCAUUGCCAACGGCGCAUCCAAAGCCUUGGCGCUGCAAAAGGCUGUCGAAGGCGGUGUCAACCACAUGUGGACUCUUUCUUGCCUUCAGCUGCACCCAUACUCCAUGAUUGUUGCGGAUGAGGAUGCUUCGUUGGAGCUGCAGGUUAAGACUGUUAAGUACUUCAAGAGCAUCGAGAAGGUUGGACUUGGCAGGGGCUUUGAGCAGAAACUUCCUCUACGACUUCGAACAUGUUCGCUUGCUAGCCCUCCCCAGACCCCUGACCUCAAAUCACCAGGCCUGGCUUGGGCUGAUGAUCACCUGGUUGAGUUGACCCCCGACAGCAUGUCAUCGAGGAUCGGGACGUGGCCUAAAGUCUGA